UCAAUACUGUCACUUUCCCACACAAGAGAGCGGUAUUUCUUGGGGAGAUUCCGGAGAAUUUUUCAUAGUCUCUGAUGAAAUCUAGCACAGGAUACCUUUAAAGGGAGCUCCUGUAGGGGAGGGGAGGAAGCCAGAAGCAAGAGCUCAGUUACAUAACAGUUACCUAAAAGGAAAUAUCCCACACCAAGAAGCUGUCCAGAUGUUGCAGGCUGGAGAGGAGAGGCUGGGAGAAGGCUCUGCUGCCUAUUGCCUGAGGACCAGAGUAGCCGAGAGGCAACAUUAUGGAAAGAUUUGUUGUUGGUAUUGAAGUAAUAGCUCUGAGAUUUCCUGGGUAAUGAACCGCAUCAGUUAUCUGAAGAGGAGGUGACCAGGCAGCUAGCGGGCAACCAGCGCUCCCCCUGCGCAAGCUUCUGCCCUAGCCCUAGGGGCCACUCCUGCACAGCACCAGUUCGCCAUGAUCGCCACCGGUGGCCUGCUGAGGAUAUCCGCCAGAAAGCAGGAUCCGCUCCGGCCCCCCAGCCAGGUCCCUAAACGCAAGAAGAAAGCCAAGAAGAGGCGUAAAAACGACGUGGUGGUGGUGAAAGGCAAGCUGAAGCUUUGCUCUAUCUCGGGCCUCAUUGCCCUUUGCGGGAUCCUAGUGUUGUUGGUGGGCAUAGCCAUGGCCGUGGUGGGCUACUGGCCAAAAGCCAGCGCAGCCAACAACAGAGGGGGGAGCAAGCAGUUACUGCCCCUGGGCAGUAGCCAUCGCACGGCGACCAUCAGCAACAGCAGCAGUGGCAGCAAAAACCCAACUAGGAGCCACUCUGGGGCGCCAGGGGGCAUCAACUCCAGUUCUGUGGGCGGGCCCAGGAGUUCGCCCCCUGCUCGGUCUGCGGCCACCUCCUCUUCUUCCACCUCCACGUCGGUGGGCUUCUUCUUCCGAAUCUUCUCAGGCUACUUGCACUCAGACAAGCUUAAGGUCUUUGGGCCCCUCAUCAUGGGUAUAGGCAUCUUCCUCUUCAUUUGUGCCAACGCAGUCCUCCACGAGAACAGGGACAAGAAGACCAAGAUUAUCAACCUGAGGGACCUCUAUUCUACUGUCAUCGACGUGCACAGCCUCCGCGCCAAAGACCUGGCAGCGGCAGCGGCUGCGGCUGCAGCGGCAGCGGCCUCCUCCUCCUCCUCUACCGCCGCCCCCAGCUCUGCACCCCCGGGGGCAGCACCGCUCAAUGGAUUUCUCAGCUACGUGCAAUCUCGGGGCCUGGAGCUGAAGCCCGGCAGCUGCGCCGGCUCUGCAGAUGCCUUCGGGGCUGCUGCAAUGCUGGCCAGGGGCUCAUGGCCCCACCCCGUCGGGCGGGGUGGAGGCGGCGGUGGGACUCGGGAGGCAGGGUCGCCGCCAGACCUGGCGUCCUCUCCGCGCUGUCUGCGGGAGCCCCCGAGCCUGGCCGAGGCUGUGUACAGCAUCUACCGCGAGCGCUCCAGUGGGGCUGGCCGUCGCCGGACCACAGUGGCCGCGGUGGCUGCGGCCACUGCCACCGUCACCGCGGCCGCCAGUGGCAGUAGCAGCCCGGCGCCCUGCAGCCCAACCGGGAGUUGGGGGCGCCAGAGCACCGCCAGCUCCCUCGUGGGCUCCUCGCUGAGCGCUUUCGCGCUACUGCCUUUGCAAGGGGACCCGGACAGAGACAGGGAUUCGGAGGGCGCAAGCUGCAGCUGGCACAGGCCUCCCGGGGAACGCGGCUCCCGGGAUCUCCCUCGGGGAGAACUAGACCUGAGUUUGACGGACCUCCGGGGAGCCGAGGGCGGUGCGCGUUGGGCGUCCUGCGAGCCAGAUGAACCCGAGGGCGCGGCGACAGCACGCACCGCCAGGGGGCAGGGCGGCCGCCUGCCCAGGACCGGCAGGUACGCGGCCUGGCGCCGCCGCAGCACUAGUGGGCUCCUGAACUACCGGGCGCCGCCGUCCCCCGAGCCCCCGCCCACCCCGGGAGCGGCAGACAUGGACUCCGGGCUUCCAGGUUCAGCCGCCGCCGCGCCCUCGCUCCCUCUGCGUCCCAGGGACUCGCCCGGCGUCCGGCGGGACUCCAACAGCUCUCAGUCAGAUGACCAGUCCAGCAGCAAUAAGGGCUACGCUCCUUUGAAGGAGGCUGACACCUCUGUGGAGUCGGUCGUGGACGUUGUGGCCAGGAAAAGGCUAGACUGUGUGGACGCCGCUGAUGCGGGUACAGAGCACAGCUCCCUGGAGGGUCCCAGCACAGAACCAACUAAGGCGGAGCAGCAGCCUCUGCCUGGGCAGAGGCAGUUUACAAACAAGGAGAAACUCUUCCUGAUUUCCAGGUCCCACACCACAGGAAUAGAGGACCCUGAACUGGAAAACUCUUCCACCUAGGUGGGGGUGGGGGGCGCAGGAAAAGGAGACGCAGGGGGUAGAGUCCCACUGAAUCCCUGCAUAAAAAGCCCCAACCCUACCCUGAUUCCUUGGUGGACAGGUCCAAGGAAACCAUUCAAUACCCAAAGAGCUGCAGAAUGCUGCCCUUGAAUUUGCGUUCACAAGAUUUCCUGUAGAUAACUCCAUGAUUUUUUUUUAAAGCCAAGUCGUCUUUUUAUGUCCGAUGGUGAUUGUAACUUCCAUGAAAACCAAAUGUAUUAAAAGAUCACAAUCUAGUUCAUUAGAUGAUAUCUCUUAAUUUUCUUAGGAUCAAAAUAAUAUAUUUUUGACAGUAACUGCACUUUACUCCAUUUUUUCCUUUGCCCUCCCAACGCCCAACUUGCCUAGCCCCUGCACCCUGCUGCUGACUUAGUCCGUAGAUGCUUGUGAAUGAACAAGCUUUUUUAUGUCUGCCCUCUUCCAUAACCUAGAAGGGGCUGUGUCAGUUCUCUUAGAACUGAUCUUUCUAGGUGGAGGCAAAGCCCAAAACACAAGUAUUCAGGAAAAAGGCUUCCCUUGUCUGACCCUGCUCUGCUCCGAGGCUCUUCAAAGGACUCUUUUUUUU